UGACAGAUCUCCUCUUGUUUUGCUGGCACUCCCACGUACCUCUAAUUUUGCGUAUGCAGCAUCCGCGCAGGAGAUUCUUCGUUCAUUGCACGUAAAUCGUAGAUUCACUUCCGAUUUUCCAAUUUUGGUGAAAAGCAACAAGGAUUAAAGGACAUGGUACGCAUUCUCUUCGUCCACCCGGACCUGGGUAUCGGCGGUGCCGAGCGGCUGGUAGUUGAUGCGGCCCUCGCCCUGCAAAACAAAGGCCACACGGUCAGCUUCCUGACCAACCACCACGAUCCGGACCACUGCUUCGAGGAAACGAGGGAUGGAAAACUGGCCGUCAAGACGGUAGGCGACUGGAUUCCAAGAGAUAUUUUCGGCCGGUGUUACGCACUUUGCGCUUACGUCAGAAUGGUCUAUGCGGCGUUCUACUUUACCUUUUUCCUCUCGAAGAAGGAACGCUUCGAUGUGGUGUUUUGCGAUCUGAUCUCCCUGGGAAUUCCAAUCCUGCGGUUGGCCCGACCCAAUCCGAAGGUGCUAUUCUACUGCCACUAUCCGGAUCAGUUGCUCUCCAAGCCGGGCAGCUUGCUAAAGAAGUACUACCGGAUGCCGUUGAACUUCCUGGAAGAAGCCACGACCGGACAAGCCGACGGAAUCCUGGUCAACAGCAAAUUCACCAGCCGGGUGUUCAAGGAAACGUUCAAACGAAUCUCGGUGGACCCGGACAUUCUGUACCCUUCCCUGAACACCAAAUACUUUGACGACACCGUUCUGGAGGAACAGGACCAUAUCGCAGGAAUCCCUCCGGAUAGCUUCGUUUUCCUGUCCAUAAACCGAUACGAGAGAAAGAAAAACCUUCCACUCGCCCUCCUAGCUUUUGAGAAGCUUCAAAAGCUGAUCUCGCCCCACGAAUGGAACAAACUGUUGCUCAUAGUGGCCGGCGGAUACGACGACCGCGUCCUGGAGAACGUCGAACAUUUCGACGAGCUGGAAGACCUAGCCGAGGACAUGGGCCUCCGCAGUAAGAUAAAAUUCCUCCGCUCGCCGACCGAUCGGGAGAAACUCUUCCUGCUUCAGCGGGCCCAAGUCCUGGUCUACACCCCGGAAAACGAACACUUCGGCAUAGUUCCGCUGGAGGGAAUGUACCUGGCCAAGCCGGUCAUCGCAGCUAACAGCGGAGGACCCACGGAAACCAUCAUCCACGACCAAACGGGAUAUCUGUGCGAUCCGCUCCCAGAAAGUUUCGCCGCUGCCAUGGCCAAAUGCGUCAAGGACGACCGGAACUGCGAACGGAUGGGCGAGAUGGGCCGGAAGCGCGUCCAGCAGCGCUUUGCAUUCGAGGCUUUCAGCACCAAACUGGACAACGUUGUGACCGAUCUGGUGAACAAGGGGAACGAACAGAAGAAGCUGAAAUAGCGACGAAUUGGCUUUCCGCUGGCGACCUUUCUGCUGCUGCAGGCCAUGCGGAAUGUCUGCGGCUGCGGCUACUCUGACUGAUCGAUUGCUGCCUCUCUGUUAGUUCGUGGGCGGCGUUUUCUCCGACAAAAAUACUGGGGACGACCGAAUGGAGACAGCGUGUGCCACGUUAAUGAUUGAUUGUGCGCUCAUCUUGUUCCAAAUCUAUAAUUGUGAUAG